AUGUGUACAAAAAUUAUAUUCUUUAUUGCAACUCUAUAUGUUGUCAAGGCAUCGGUGAUAUCACUCAAUGCUUAUGAUGGUGACGGAUCAUUAGCUGAUGGGAUAGUGGAUAACGAAGUAGAAGAAUAUGAUACGAGCUUAAACAAAGCACUUGUUGAAGACCCUGAGGCAGAGAUCGCUGAGCGCCUUGGCAAUGGUACCUGUGUCGAUGGCCAAUGCAAGUGCUCUGGAAGAGCUGAAAAAUCAUUUGCUGAUGACAUAUCUGACAUUUUGGUUGAAGAAUCUAAUCUAAAUACGGACAAAGUUGAAGAUGUGGCAUUCAGUAACGAAGCUAAAGAAUCUGAGCUAAACUUGGAUGAAGAAGUUGAAGACACCGAGGCAAUGAUCGCUGCUUUUUUCUCGGAUCCUAGAGAUCUAUUUGAAAUACGAAGAUGCUUCCCCCGUCUUUGUAACCGCUUGUGUCGCCUAAAGCGCUUUGAUAACGGUAUCUGUGUCCAAGGUCGAUGCAAAUGCGAAAAUAUAGUUCAAGAAUACACCACAACAGAUGCUACUACUGAAUAA